CGUCCGAAUUCGUUGACCCCAGAAUGACUUCAGUCAAGCCUCGUAUUCGCUACAAUACGAUCUCAGGUAUUAACGGACCGCUGGUCAUCCUGGAUAAUGUUAAAUUUCCCCGAUACAACGAGAUUGUAUCCCUGACUCUUCCUGAUGGUACCGAACGGUCUGGUCAGGUCCUUGAGGCUAGAGGAAACAGAGCUGUCGUUCAGGUGUUCGAAGGUACUCCGGGUAUUGAUGUCAAAAGGACCAAGGUCGAGUUCAGCGGCCACAGCUUGAAGCUGGGUGUGUCGGAGGACAUGCUGGGCCGUGUAUUCGAUGGCUCGGGUCGCGCCAUUGAUAAGGGCCCUAAGGUGCUGGCGGAGGAUUAUUUGGAUAUCAACGGCCAACCUAUUAACCCUUACUCGAGAGUGUACCCCGAAGAAAUGAUCUCCACCGGUAUCUCUGCCAUCGACACUAUGAACUCCAUUGCUCGUGGUCAGAAGAUUCCUAUUUUCUCCGCUUCUGGUCUUCCGCACAACGAAAUUGCUGCCCAGAUUUGUCGCCAGGCUGGCUUGGUUGGCAAGCCAACUAAGGACGUCCACGAUGGACACGAAGAGAACUUCUCGAUUGUCUUCGCAGCUAUGGGUGUUAACAUGGAACUAGCCCGUGUCACGCUGUUCCUGAACUUGGCCAAUGACCCUACCAUUGAGCGUAUCAUUACCCCUCGUCUUGCCUUGACAACUGCCGAAUACUACGCUUAUCAAUUGGAGAAGCACGUCCUGGUUAUCAUGACUGAUCUUUCGGCCUAUUGUGAUGCUCUUCGUGAAGUCUCCGCUGCCAGAGAAGAAGUGCCCGGUCGUCGUGGUUACCCCGGUUACAUGUACACUGAUUUGUCCACUAUCUACGAGCGUGCUGGACGUGUAGAGGGUCGUAACGGAUCUAUCACUCAGAUUCCUAUUCUGACUAUGCCUAACGAUGAUAUCACCCACCCUAUUCCCGACUUGACAGGCUACAUUACUGAGGGCCAGAUCUUCAUUGAUCGUCAGCUGUACAACAAGGGUGUCUACCCCCCAAUUAACGUCCUUCCAUCUCUGUCACGUCUGAUGAAGUCUGCCAUUGGUGAGGGUCGUACCCGUAAGGACCACUCUGAUGUGUCCAACCAGCUGUACGCCAAGUACGCUAUUGGACGAGAUGCCGCCGCCAUGAAGGCAGUCGUCGGUGAGGAAGCCUUGUCCUCCGAAGACAAGUUGUCCCUCGAAUUCUUGGAGAAGUUCGAGAAAACCUUCAUCAGCCAGUCCCCCUACGAAUCGCGCAGUAUCUACGACUCCCUAGACAUUGCUUGGAACCUGCUCCGCAUCUACCCUAAGGACCUCCUUAACCGUAUCCCUAAGCGCGUCCUGGACGAAUUCUACGCUCGCUCCUCCCGUAAGAUCGCCAACAAGGACACAAGGGACAACAGCGCUCCUGAACAAACUCAGUCGUCGACUGGUGAUCUCAUUGAGACCUAG